CAUUUCUUAUUAUUUUUAGUCUGUCUAUUACAAAAAUGGCUGCAAACCGUCGCAAGCAAGACGACAAGAAUUUAGAAAUUUUACGUGAACUUAUAUCUAUUAAUGGAAACAAAUAUUGUUUAGAUUGCAACCAAAGAGGACCUACGUACGUUAAUGUUACAAUCGGUUCGUUCGUUUGUUCAAAAUGUUCGGGAAUGCUACGUGGUCUGACGCCUCCCCAUCGAGUAAAGUCGAUCUCAAUGGCCACAUUUACCCCGGAAGAGAUAGAAUUUAUAAAAGUGAGAGGAAAUGAUUACUGUAGGCGCGUUUGGUUAGGCCUAUACGAGGGUGAAAGUGUGAAUUUUACUGAUGAACAAAGUGUGAAAGAUUUUAUGUCGGACAAAUACGAGAAGAAACGUUACUUUCUCGAUCAACCGCUGAAUAAUACUGUUACGAACGGAAGUUUAUCAUCGAAGAGUAAGUCAAAAGCUAAAAGCGGAAGUGCUGCAGCGAGCUCAGCACAGCUGAUAUCGAUAGCGAGCCAGGCGCCGAAGUCGACAGUUAACAAUAACACGCUCGUGAAUGCGCCCAAACUGGGAAAUAGCUUUUUCUCUGGAGGUAAUGAUGUCAGCAUGAAGAUAGCUCGGCCGGUGCACAGCAUACCACAGGCCAGCCCGCUCGCGGCGCCGCCCGUCGUCGCCCCUGCUCCAGUACCUGAUUUUCCUGUUGACUUUUCAACUGCAAAUAUUUAUAACAGUAGCCAGUUUAAUAAUAAUGUAAACAACAAUUAUGUGCCUGUCCCAUCCACCACUACAAGUUUUGCAGCUUUUACUCCUCCAUCAUCUACUGCUAAUGAUCGCUAUGCAGCAUUAGCAGAUUUAGAUCAUGCACUGAGACAGCAAAACAUGAAGUCAAUGGAGGAAGGUAACAAUAUAAAUAGCAAGAAUCCGUUCCAAAGUGCACCAACCAAUGACUUCUUCGGCAGUAAAAACCCUUUCUUCAAUGGGAGUUGGAGCGCUGCUCCGGCGCCUGUGCCUGUUAAUCCUUUCAUGCCAUCAUCUAACUCUGGGAACUAUGUUAAUUCGAAGAAUCCUUUUCUUUGAAGAGGUGGUCCAUGUUUUGGAGACAAAGAACAAAUGUAUGCAACAAAAAGCACAAAAUUAGCUACAAAUUUAGUAUAGUAUACAUUUUUGAAUAAGUAUAUUAUGAUUUUACAAAUUUCUCGGUGAUAUUAUAUUGGCGUUACAACUAUUUAUCAGUCUUAGAUUAAUGUGCUUAAUUUUAGCAACGGAUGUGCCUCUUUUUGCCUUAACAAGUUGUAAAUUUCUCAGUAUAUAUUAGGCAAGUCAAUGUUGUGAAAGUAUUGUAUUAGUAUGUCUGGUAUAGUUUAAAUCAAUCAAUCAGGAAAUCUGAAUGUGAGCAUGUUGCAAGGCAACUUGCUGUGUCCAAUUUAUUCAAUUUAAAUUCUCCAUUAUGUGGUUAGGAACUGCUCAGUAGGGCCUUAUAAGGAUUGACUGGGGCUAGUUUUUGUAGGUCGGGACAAUUAUGUACCUAUGUAUAUUGUAUACGAUGACGCAAUUCGCGACGCUCUGAUGAUCUUAUCACACCCAAAUUGCAGUUUUCGUGCUUAAAUCGUUUUCUCAGCAAAUAUUUGAGAUAUAUGGAAAUUAUUGUAAAAUUAGUGAGCAUAUACCAGGUAUUAAAAAGCAUAACAAAUUGUUAAAUUAUAUGGAAUAUCCGAUUAACUUAUUUGAAUGAAACAAUUUUGUGGGAUGUUUUUUUUUCAGACAGCCACAUUGCUGUUAUUCUGAGAAAUAAGUAAUAUAGUAUAUAGGUAUAAUAUGAAUAAUAAACAGACAAAUGAGGCAGGGACCAUUCCACAUGAGGAGGAUUUUUCUCCUUAAAUUAACUGACAAACGUAUGGAUUAUUUGAUCCACACAUAAUAUAAAUGCCAAUCUAGUCAGAUUAUUAAUGAAAUUGUGUUCUGAUGACUUUGUUUGAAGCAGCUGAGUCAUAAUAGAUACGUUGGCGUAAAUAUCCGUUUGUUAAAAUUAUCAGUUCAUAAUAACGUAACUUUACUGUGGCAUAAUCGCCUAUUAUUUCAUUAUAGUAUAAAGAUAAAGAAGGUAUCUAGGAUACUUAUUUCCAGUCAUUGCGUCAUAUUACCAAUAAUACAGUAAGUUAGUGAGACUACAAAACGAGAUUAGUAUUUAGAUUAGGCAACAAGCUGUGUGUGAUGAGUCAUCGAGCGCGCGCGGCGGCCUUAUGUUCAUAGUCAUGCCCGCCAUGAGGAAGCGAGCUUAGUAAGUACCUAAAUGUUACUGUUUCCAUCCAAUUCAACGCUUCAAAUUUACACAUGUUUAUUCUAGAUAGGGGUGAUAUUAAUUAAGAAUACGUAGCCGAGAAGUAUGAAGCGACCAAACAUUUCCACACAAAGUAUUUUAGUCUUGUAAAGCUUUUAUCUGGAUGGAUUGUUUAUUUACACAUCAUUAUGAAGUUUUAGAGGCUUAACAUUGUUAUUAUUUUUUAUCAACUUGUUUCCUGAUUAAUGUCUACGUGUUUAUUAUCAUGAAUUGUUUUAUAUCCGACUAUGCCAUCGUAUCUAGAAUUAUAUAUUUCUAUCGUAUAGCAAGUAUUGAUUACUUUUACUGGUUAAAAAACCAUGACAAAAGUAGGAUAUGUGUUUUUAUAAGAAUCAUUUUUAUGUUGUCGUAUGAUUUGACUUCAUUUAUGAAUUAUUGUAUGUUUGGUACUUGACGCCUAAUCAUAUAAGUACCAGCUUCAAUAGUUAUAGCUCACAUCACAUCUAAUCAUAAUUUGUUUCGUCUAAUACAUAUCUGAAGCCGGCUAUCCAUCAACAGACUAUAUAGUGGAAGUUAAUUGUAGGUAUUACGUAUUUACUUGUAUCUAUGAUCAAUUGAUCAGUUAAACUGAUGAUAAGUAAAGCUUAUAGAUGUACAUUUAGCCGGCGUAAACAAGCUCUCAAAUCAUGUGCUUGAUCUGGUCUGUGAUUUAAAUCAGUAACUUUUUUAGUAAUCCUAAUCAUUUAAUUGCGAACAAUCUUUACUUAUCAAUGCACUAUUAUUUAUUAAUUAGUUAUUAAAUUAACGUAUUGUUUUUUAUUUGAGCACCAAGAUCUGUUAUGUUGUAUUAAUGGUGUAAAAAAUAAACACUUAUUUUUUUUAACAA